GCCCGCCCGCCGCCAGCUCCGAUCUUCGGCGAGAAGGGGCGCCGUCGUCCUUCUGUUUCCGCUCACCGUGGGAGAUGUCUGGGCAUAUGUCGAGAGGCCCCCCAAAUGGUUCUGUGUAUGUGUGCAAUCUGCCUCCUGGAACUGAUGAGACCAUGCUGGCCGAAUAUUUUGGCACCAUAGGGUUGCUAAAGAAGGACAAAAGGACUGGGCGUCCAAAAAUCUGGAUAUACAGGGACAAAGUUACCAAUGAACCAAAGGGUGACGCGACAGUCACAUAUGAAGAUCCACAUGCUGCAUUGGCUGCAGUAGAAUGGUUCAAUAACAAAGAUUUCCAUGGAAGCAACAUUCAGGUUCAUAUAGCCGAGUCAAAAAACAAGGACAUGUAUGAUAACUCUGCGAGCUUGAACAACUCUGUUGGCCUUGGUGGACAAGAUGAAUUGGAUAACGGGGCAGGCAGAGGUAGAGGGCGUGGUGAUGGUGCAGGAAAGGCUUGGCAGCAAGAUGGGGAUUGGCUGUGCCCAAAUACAAGUUGUGGCAAUGUAAAUUUUGCCUUUCGUGGUGUCUGUAAUCGCUGUGGAGCUGCUCGCCCUGCUGGUGUUAGUGGAUCAAGUGCUGGUGGUGGUGGUAGGGGUAGAGGCCGUGGAAGUGAUGAUGCGAAAGGAGGCAGUCGUGCUGGGGCUGCUGCUGUUGGGGGUCCUCCUGGACUUUUUGGUCCAAAUGAUUGGCCAUGCCCAAUGUGUGGUAAUAUUAAUUGGGCAAAGCGGAUGAAAUGUAAUAUCUGUAAUACCACCAAGCCAGGUCACAAUGAAGGUGGUGUGAGAGGUGGCCGUGCAGGUGGGUAUAAAGAACUUGAUGAAGAAGAAUUAGAGGAAGUUAAAAGGCGCCGCAAAGAGGCUGAAGAGGACGAUGGGGAGAUGUAUGAUGAAUUUGGCAACCUCAAAAAGAAAUUCCGUGCUAAAACACAGCAAACUGAAAGUGCACCAUCUCUUCCUGGUUCUGGACGUGCUGGAUGGGAGGUUGAGCAACGUGGUUCCACUGGAAGAGAAGGCAGGGAAAGGAGCAGAGAUCGGGGCAGAGAUCAUGACUACGAUGAACGGGAUAACAGGAACAGAGAUAGAGCCAGUCACGGAAGGGAGCGGCGCCGAAGCCGAAGUAGAGACCGCGAGAAGGAAAGGGGCAGGGACAGGGGCAGAGACCACAGCUAUGAGAGGAGCUGGGAACGAGGAGCCGAGCGUGACCGUGAUCGCUAUAGAUGAAUAUAUUAUGUCAGGAAUGAUCACAAGUUGCAUGCCCCGAUUUUUGGUUCUGAUACUUCCAUGUUGCUGCUGGAUAUUUAUGCUGCUUCAGCAAAAUUCUGUUAGUCGUCAAACGUUGUUUGUCUUGGUCUGAAGGCAGUUCAUAUCUUUAAACGUUUGGAUACACUAGGUCACUAAGCUUUGAUUAUGUGUUAUGUACGCUGGGAGUGUUUUCAUGAGAUA